AAUUGUGGUAAAUAGGGUUGUAGGUUUUACAAAAUUCUUCGGAUAUCCGAAACCGAACUGAAGAACCGAACCGAACAAUCCUCGGUUCUUCGGAACCGAACCGAAAAAUUCUCUGUUCUUCGGGCCGGUUCGGUCCAGGACCGACAACCCUAGUGGUGAGUACGUGUGUGUGGGGGCACUAAAGUAAAUAAGUUUUUGCUUUUAAUAUCAUAACAAAAUUUUAGGAAUUGACAAAUAAAAUUUUGGUUAACGUAGAGAAACGAGAAAAUUUUAUCCACUUCUAUUCAAUUUUUGAAUCAAAGGCUAAUUUUGUAUAUGUAUUGCUUCCAUAUGUAAAAUCAGUUGUAAAAUUAUUAUUUAAAUCCAAAAUGAUUAACAAAAAGGAGAAUGAAAAUUCUGAAGAUCAAAUUAAAUUUGUGACAAAUUUAGGAGGUCAAUUAGUUUUUGCUUGUUGUUUAGCCGAAAGUUUGGUUAAGGAUAAAAACAGUUUGAUAGAUAUAGUGGAUAAAGAUCUACGUCGUAAAACGAAAGCUGUGUUACAUACUGAUAAUUAUCAAGUUUUGUUUGAUAAGUUGAAAGAUGAUGUAGAGGUUAAGAAAAUUAAGGAGACGUUGGAGGAAGGAUUUAAAGGUAUAAUUUUAUGGGGCCCGUAUUUAUAUUUAAAUCACUAAAGCGACGUUGGCCGCAAACUGACCUAUUUGAAUUCGGCUGUCAGACACUGUUUGGCAAGACUGAUCCACGGCUAGGGGGUUGUUCUUUGCCUUAUUUCAAUAUAAAUCCACCCUAUAAUAAUUUGCGAGUCUC